AUGACUGAUAAACGAUUGCAAGCGUAUCACAAGUAUCAGCGCUUUCUUCGAGGGCUGCUCAUAACUUGUGGCUGUUGGUAUGCUCCCACAAAAUCUGGCAAAUCAACAUAUUACUGGUCCGUUUGCAUACUUUUGUCGUUGUUUGCGUUUUCGUCGCUGAGUUUACGUAUCAGUUAUAUGUAUAGACAUCAUUUGUCAUAUAUGAUGAAAAACAUAGGCAUAAUGCUGACUACAUUAGGGAGUUUCUUCAAGGUCUCAUGCUUUUUAAUCAAUCGUCGUUCUCUGAUUAAUUAUCAUCGUACGCUGAGUAGUCUCUUCGAGGAAGAACUUACGCAGAACGAAAAAGUCCGAACAGUGAUGCUCUCGCCAUUGCGCACGAUAUCCACUCUCGCGUAUACAUAUUCCGGCUGUACAAUUACCUUAAGUAUGACGUAUCUUAUGCCAACGUUCAUCGUCAUUAUCCGCGGUAUUUUCCACUUACACUUACCUACAAACUACAGUCUACCGUACAGCAGAGGAUACGGAUACCUUUGGACCGUUCCCACUGGCUUCCUACGUCAUUUUCAUUUGCUUUUCGAGAUAUGCAUAAUAAUGAUGCAAUGUAUUACCACUACCGGCGUUGACAGUGUUUUUGGAUUUUACAUCUACCUGCUAUCCUCGACAAUGCGUGCCAUGACCUUCAGACUCACGAAUCCACUACCUAACGACAAGUUCUCCGACGUGCUGAGGGUGUGCGUGGCGAAGCACCUCAAGCUAAUACAAUGCCGCGACACACUGAAGCGGGUUUAUAGUCUGAUAAUCCUCUGGCACAUCGUCACCAACGCUGUACUCCUUUGCGCACUGAUAUUCGAGGCAAUGCAAGAUGAAGAUUUUCGCAAAGGAGUAUACUUUAGUGAGUGGCCUAAUUCUAGUCUCAAUCAUCAUGUGAGAACAAACAUUCUUUUGAUAAUGAUGCAAAAACCGAUGACUAUUAAAGUAUUUUCCGCUUCGGUCGACGUUGUUAUGUUCACCAACUUUGUGAAUACUACAAUGUCGUACUUCUUUUUGUUGCAAUCUCUGGGCGAUAAGGGUGGAUGAAGAUACCAUGCAUUAAUUAGUUUUCUAUUGUAAACUUGUAAUAUUAUUGUAAUAUAUUAAGAAA